AUGAACCACGGGUAUCUGUGGGCGGUGACCAGUGAUGGGACACCGCAGCGGAUUAGUUCAAAGGAGAAGCCGGAAGCUAACGAUAUUUAUGACUGGGAGGAUUUUCCGGUGACGGGUGCCGGCGGCGAGCAAGUACAUAUCUUAAAAGUUGCCGCUACCCCAGGAGUAAUUUUCGGCAUCGAUCGCGCCGGCCAAAUCUACGUUUUUGUGCUGCAGACCCACUUGGCGAUUCGUCAGGUCGUUUCGACGUAUUCGAAUCAGCGAUGGUAUCCGUUCGUCGGCUGGUCUUCUCGAACAUUGCCCACCGAUCGGCCAAUGUUUUCGAAUGAGGAUGGCUCGAAACGGCUGACGUUUGAGAGUUUUUCAUUGAGAUCUGACGGAUGGCGCUGGGAAGAGCCGUGGAUGGUCGGCCAGGACGUAAGGCGCUAUGAUAAAGAGGGUUGGGAGUACGCGUUCAAUUUUGGGAGCGGCGUCGACUAUCAGCCGGUGCAGAAGAAGCUGUCGAUGGUGCGACGUCGGCUUUUUAAGCGCACGAUGCGAUAUGUGGCGAUAGAGCAUUGGAUUCAGAUGGCCGUCACCAGCCAGGAGCACACGUUUCUCGACAUUUGCGCCGGGAAUUUCGCUUCCGGAAGCGAGGGCUGUUUCGACCUGUACGCCCUCUCGGAAGCCGCUUCGGUGUAUCGCCGCGAGGGUAUCUGCCGUAAUAACCCGGAGGGGACGCGAUGGGCGAAAAUAGAGGGGAUUUACGGGAAAGACGGCGAACCGGAGGACAUUUCGGCGAUUGGCACCUCUCCAGCCCACCGUUGUCUGCUGGCGUUGACUUGGGAUGGGAGGUUGUACUCGAGGGGCGGGAUGAAGUCGGAUUCGCCGACUGGGAAGCUCUGGAUUGAGAUCUCCCUCCCGGCCUCCCUGCCAAUCACCGGAUUCGCGCUGGGCGCCAAAUCGUUGUGGAUCGUGUCGGUGGAGGGAAAAAUUUUCACCACCACCAUAUCCCUGAGCUCGAACAGCGUGGCGCCCGACUACGCGAAGCUCCGCGAGGCCGGCGAGGCAAUGUGCAGGAUGAGCUGUACGGUCAAUGAUCAGGUCCUAGCCAUUUCCAAUCGUGACGAAAAGCUGCACGUCCGUUCCGGCGUCUGCCCGGAUGAGCCGUAUGGCGAACAAUGGCUUCCGGUCGUUCAUAGAGCCGCUGAAACGAGGGUGUUACAGAUCGGCUCCGUCUAUCCGUUGUCCGGAAAGUCUCGUUCGGUUUUCUGUAUCCAGCCCCGACCGCUGUCUGCAGAAUCGAUCGUGCUGAUCGGGUUGGGAACGGAUGAUGAACGAGAUCAAUGGGUUCAGAUGAUUGAGAAGAUGCGGGCCGAUAAGAACAAUACGCAAGUUCCCGUUCCUCUCUCAGCCGCUCCAGCGCUACUCGUCCCCGGCCAUUUUCAUCGGAUAUCAGCCGGGGCUGAGCGCAUCGUUUGGGCCGUUACAAAGGGAGGAUACGCCUACGCCCUUGACGCAAAGUACGAUCCACUUGAUGAGGAGGCCGAAUAUUUCUAUCGACAGUACGAUGCUGAGCUCGAGACGAUAGUGGAAUAUCAAAAACACGCCCUCUUUCGCGGCUUCAUCCCGUUUGAGGGGAAAACUGGCGGGGUCUACGCGUGGUCAGAUUUGGAUGGACGGCACAAGGAGAAGACCAUGAAACUGGCGCGCGGUUGGGCGUGGUCGGAUCCGGAGUGGCGGAUGGUGGCGGACUGGGAUUACGGGACUGCGUUGGAUGGAAAGUGGGGGAUUGAUGAGAAAAAGGGAAAUGCUCGCAGAAGGUACUGGCAGCGCGAGAGAGCUUUCGAGACGGCUGGACCGUGGAUUCGAGUAUAUCGUAAGAGCGGCACAAUCAAGGAGAUCCGCUUCAGCCGCCCCCUCGAAUUUGAGGUGCCAUGGGAGAAAGUCGACCUCGAAGAUCUCAUCUCGUUUACUAGCUAU